AGCAACACGACCAACUGCAGGUGGUGUUGACAAGGAAAAGCCAAAUCUACCUUCUAGAAUAUCGUGGUUUCGCCGUGUAAAUGACAGUCCAAACCAUGCGGGUAAGAUCGCCGGGCCACUGUCUUGCAACCUCGUUGUUGUUUGACCCAGCCUUUGUCGAUGGCGGCGUCGGACAGGGGGCCAGCGAGAGGGUCAUUGCGAUUCCGGCUGCGGCUUGAGCUGUCUUGCUGCCCGGUGGCCAUUGGUGCGCUUACAUUCCAGUGGCGUCUUGGGCACCACACCUACGUCAGGAGGCGCUGGCAGAUCAAGCCAUUACUUGCUCGAAAAUUGUUUUUACUUGUAUCGACAUUGCCACCAAUAAAAGGGAAAAUGGUACAAUUGUUGAGAAGCCACGGCAGAGAGCGCACACGACCUGUUGUCAGCCACCUCCUAUAGCCAAGACGGACUUGCAACAACUUGCUUGGCCUUGCGGAGGCCAGAGUCAGUCGGACAGAGCCCGGCGUGCUGUGCAACACUUUUUGCUGCAUUCAGACGCCGGCGAGCAGCAACAGCCGCCGUCAGUAAACCUGAGGCGGACACGUCUGAUAUGUGGAAGUCGUCCCUUCUCAUCUGCAUUGCCACCCCCUCGUACCACCCACUCUGAUGAUUAUUGCAAAUGGAAAAGGCAUGUCUUUCCGUACUUUUUGCUCAUGACCCCAACUUUUUAGCGCCUUGCAAGCCCUAGCGACAGUAGCGCCGUCUCUCACACCAGCCAUGGUCUUAGCUGGCAGGCUAGAGGUGUGCUAGAUCCAUUGUGACGGUGGGGUUCGGCUGAGCAUGGACCAGGGGCUGGAUGCGUCGCGCGACAUGGGUCUCUGUUGGAGAAGCAAAUCGUGGGGAAGAUUCCGUUGCGCUGCUGCUGUUUGCGACGCCGCUCCCACUGCAAAGGACGGCCCCCGGCUCUCUCGACGGCCGAGUCGAGCUCGCUCUUAAAACUCACCAGUUUCCCCCACUCCUCUGAUAGGCUUCCUUUCUUCUUGCUCUCUACUCAACUCUACCAGAGCUGUCUCUGUGUCUUUGAUCAUACUUGCGUACUUUUGAACGCAAUCGACACAAUCCCUUGCAGUCAGUACCUGCAAACAGACCAUCCACCACCAUGGCCGACAACGCGCCUACCGUCAUCACCAAGGUGGCUGGCGGCGACAUCCUUGAGGAAAAGGGUGUCAGCCAUACUGAGCAGGUCGAUGUCAACAAGACCCUUGAGGCUCGCAUCCGCAACCCCCUUGAGGGUCUGUCGCGCGAAGCCUUGAUGCGCGAGGUUGAGGAGUUUGCCUCCAAGCGCGGUCUCGAGCAGCACCUCGACCAUCUCAAGAAGGGUGCUCUCGUUGCUCAGAACCCCGACGCCAUUGAUGAGAUUGACCUUCUCACUAGCGAAGAGCGACAGGCUCUCCAUGACGAGCGCACCUACAAGUGGAGAAUGCCCAUGAGACUCUUCUUCACCAUUGCGCUUUGCUCCAUCGGUGCUGCCGUUCAGGGUUGGGACCAGACAGGUUCCAACGGUGCCAACAUCUUCUUCCCGCCUUACUACGGUAUCGACCCGGAUGGCAAGCUCCCCAACGGUGGGCAAGAGGACCCCUUUGAUGAAACAGAGAAGGUCCGCCGUCAACUCAUCAUUGGUAUUCUCAACGCUGCUCCUUACCUCGGUUCUGCUUUCAUCGGCUGCUGGCUUUCUGAUCCCAUCAACAACUACUUCGGACGACGUGGUGUUAUCUUUUUCGCUGCCCACUUCUGUAUCUGGCCCGUCAUUGGUUCUGCUUUCUGCCACACUUGGGGCCAGCAGCUUGCUUGCCGUCUCCUAAUGGGUAUUGGUAUGGGUGCCAAGGCCUCGACUGUCCCAAUCUACGCUGCUGAGAAUGCUCCUGCCUCUAUCCGUGGUGCCCUCGUCAUGUCAUGGCAAAUGUGGACUGCCUUUGGCAUCUUCCUCGGAACUGCUUUCAACCUGGCCGUUUUCAACGUGAGCCACGACAUCAACUGGCGCCUCAUGUUCGGUGCUCCCUUCAUUCCUGCUGUGCCUCUUCUCGUCGGCAUUUACUUUUGCCCUGAGUCUCCCCGCUGGUACAUGAAAAAGGGCCGCUACGUUGAGGCCUGGGAUGCCAUGAGCAAGCUGCGUUUCACCCAAGUUCAGGUUGCUCGCGACAUCUUCUACGCCGGUACCCAGAUCGAAAUCGAAAACGCCAUCAUUGGCAAGACGAACUACGUCACCCGUUUCACUCAGCUCUUCACCAUUCCUCGUGUCCGCCGUGCCAAUCUGGCUGCUUUCACCGUCAUGAUUGCUCAGCAACUUUGCGGUAUUAACAUCAUCGCGUUCUACUCCACCACUAUCUUCAAGGAGUCCGGUCUUUCCGACUUCCAAGCUAUGCUUGGCUCCUUCGGUUUCGGUGGUGUCAACUGGCUUUUCGCUUUCCCUGCCUUCUUCACUAUCGACACUUUCGGCCGACGAAGCCUGCUUCUUUUCACAUUCCCUCAGAUGUUCUGGACCUUGCUCGCUGCUGGUCUCGCUACCCUUGCUCCUCAAGGUAACACCAGAACCGGCCUAGUCUGCCUGUUCGUCUUCAUGUUUGCCGCCUUCUACUCUCCUGGAGAAGGCCCCGUUCCCUUCACCUACAGUGCCGAGGUGUACCCACUCUCGCACCGUGAAACUGGUAUGGGUUUCGCUGUCGCCACCUGUCUCUUCUGGGCUGCUGUCUUGGGUACCUCAUUCCCCUUCUUGCUUGGCAGAACCGGCACUAUUGGUGCUUUCGGUGUCUACGCUGGCUUCAACGUUGUCGCUUUCAUCAUGAUCUUCCUCUGGGUCCCCGAGACCAUGCGCCGCACCCUCGAAGAACUCGACUGGAUUUUCGCCGUCCCCGUCCGCACCUUCAUGAAGUACCAGAUCACCGAGACCAUUCCUUGGUUCUUCAAGCGCUGGGUUCUCUUCAACAAGAACGCUACCAAGCCUCCUCUGUACCACUUCGAGGCUGUCGAGCGCCGCAAGCAUGGUGAGGAUGUCCACGCUGCGGGCAGCGCCUCUGAGGAUGGCAAGACCGCCCUGUAGAUGGGAGUGUUGAAAACGACGAAUGAUUUCUUUUUUUGCAUAUUGAUACCAUAUUUUGAACUUUGUAUCUAGUUUUAUCAGGUGCUCCUUCUGAUGCGUAUGCAUUUAGAGUAGACUUGAGAGCGAAUACAUUUACCAACCUACAACUACUUCGCCAUCAUUAACGUGAAAAUAAUAUCCAAUUAAAAUAGAGCUAAGAUAAUCUUUUUUAUGCAAAACUAAAAUAUAUACAUCAUACAUAACCCCGUAUAUAUAGCGAUCUUAUUUACGGGCGCGAAGGCGCUCCUUCUUUUCAGCCCAUCUAGCCCGCAUGAGGCGUAGCAGUGCCCAUGCAAUGACACGGUACACAACCACACAUGCAGCAAGGCAGCAAAUGUUCACGACAGGGUUAACAUUGAACCCGUAAAGAUCGAGAAUCUCCUGGCCAGUGCUGUAGGGGCAGCUACCAUUCGGUAGUCUCUGCUCGUCGGUACAGGUAAACUGGAUAUCGCGCAGCGAGAACGGUGCCAUGGCGUUGGUAGCAUAGCGCACCGGCGAAAGGUAAUUGACGGCCUUGAAUGCAUCCGGCAUGUUGAGGGACAGCACACCAGCCAUGGCGGUUGCAAUGGACAGAAUAAUGCCCAUAAUAUUCACAGCAAAGCCGGUGUGGCUGAAGAGUGUGUUGAACAUGAUACCGAGGGAUUCACCGCACGAGACCAUACCGAAGCAGCAAAAGACAUUGACAAAGUACAUGGUUGCGGUACGGGGGAUCUGCACUGCAAACACCGACAAUAUGCCGUAGAUCAUGCAGCUCAUAAUUUCGAAAGGAACUUCAAGAAUCGUGUAUGAUAGAAGGAAUGCGUCCACACCGUAGACGCCAUCGUCGUCUUCGCGGUAAAAGACGUCCCGCUCAGCGGGAUACACUGCGACAUUCUGGAGCAUGCCGACAAAGUAAAAGGAGCCGACUUGCUGGAUGAAGCCCAUGCGGUUCUGGAUGGAGGCGUAGUCAUUGUGCAACGGGGCAAAGAACAGAGUGAAGACGAUGGCGAGGCCGACGACUUGCAUGGUUCGGGCGAGGAUGAGGUCUGGUUGACGACGGGUGUUGAUGACAGCGCGGCGGAGGAGUAGUGGGAGAGCGAAGACAAGAGAGGCUGGCUUUCGUAUGAGAGCUCCGAGUUCAGCUGGAGUCGAGACGGAUUCCUUGUUCAGAGACUUGCGCGGCUCAGGAGGGGAGUCGCUUGCAGAUGGUUUCUCGGUCGUCUUGCUGGCUGGGAGGAUAGAUGGAUCUUGCCAGGCAUCAAUGAGCUUCUUGACUCGCUCGCGACUCUCAGCUUCGCGAUCAUCUUGCUGGAGAUCGAUGGUGAUCAUGUCCAGCGCAAAAUCGGCAGGAUUGGUUUGGUCAGGGCAGUUGUAGCCAGCGCGGUCAAAGUAGGGAAUCAUCUCGUUGCCAGAGCCAGCGUACACGGGCCAUCCACCGCGAGAGAGCAGCAAAACAUUGCCGAAAUGUUUGAAGAGAUCGGAGCGAGCCUGGUGGAUGGUGAGGAUGAGGGUGCGGCCUUCGUUCGCAAGACCUUGCAAGACUUCCAUGAUGGAGCUAGCAGUGAACGCGUCCAGACCAGAGGUAGGCUCAUCGAGGAGCAGGAUGCGAGGGUCAGUAAGGACCUGGACAGCAAUACUGACACGGCGCUUCUCGCCACCAGAGAUACCCUUGAUUAGGUCACUGCCAACGAGGUUGUCGGCGCAGUCCUUCAGACCCAUCUUGAGAAGAACCUCUUCGGCGCGUGCGUGCUUCUCCUUGGUGCUCAUGAACGAGGGGAGACGUAGGCCGGCGGAGAAGUGGAGGGUUUCGCGGACAGUGAGAGAGGGGAGAAGUGCAUCGUCGUCUUGGCAAACGUAUGAACACACAGACCGGAUGACCGAGUCGGAGGGAACGGCGCCGUUGAACUUGAGCUUACCGGAUCGGCGGUACUUUGUGCUGACUGAGUUGCGGAGGCGAAGGGCUAUGGCGUUGAGGAGAGACGUCUUACCGCUGCCAGAAGGACCCAUGAUGACAUUGAGGACGCCGGCUUGGAAAGUCGUGGAGAUUGGGUUGACAAUAGUGCGAGAUGGAAGCUUUUUACCACUGGCAGCGCGCUUGUCGAGACCAAGGGAGAAGUCUUCGAGAGAUAGAUCAAGUGUGCGGACUUCAGCAAUAGAUCGGGCCGUCAUCUUCUCCUUACCAGCAGAUAAAUCGGUAUCCUGGGUCCUCACGCGGGCAAUGGUCAUUUCAACUUUGAUAAAGGUGAGGCCAAUAACCGAUAGAGUGAGAAAUAACACAACAAAGCCGACCAUGGCAAUAAUGGGGCGUGUUACCCAGUCUGUCGGGAAGCCUAAGGAGCGCAUGAUGUAUUCGCCAGAGUAUUGCUCGCAAGCUGGGUUGGAUCGUCCGCCAGGCAAAGGGCAGUCAUAAAAGUUGCCUUGGAACUCGUUGGCGCAGUAUGCACCCAUAGCGUAGAAGGUAUAGGUGCACCAUUUAAUCCAGCGGACGUAUAUCGGCAGACUGUUGCUUUGGAUAAACAUGCCGCAGCAUAUACUCUGCAGCGUGUAUGCCAAGUUGGCAAUUAAACUGGCGCCAGGGAAAUGGCGGACAGCGACGACACAUGUGGUGGCGCAUGUAACUGCGAUAUAAUGGUUGACGAUGGAGAUGGCAAGGAAGAUGAAGUACUUUUCAACCGUCCGCUCAUAACCAGACAUGAAGUACAUGAAAAGGGAGAAGAUGAAAGGUACAGGGAAAUCUUCGGUAGGUAAUCUAGAGAUACGCCGUGAAAGGAGGAAGGGAAGGGGAUCGACGCAGUUUUCAGAAUGCUCGCGAUCAAACGUGGGAAUAUCAAUGGUCAUGCGAUACGUCUCAAAAAGAAGAAUCAGAUAUCCUUGCAAGGCUGCAGUGGUGUAUAGAGCGCCUUCGCGGGAUCGAAUACCGGCCUGGUCACGGCCGAGGUUAUAGAAGAGGUAGCCAGCGAUAGCGCCCAUGAGAAUGGCUUCGACAAUAGACGCCGUCAUUCCGAGAGGAUCUCUAUAUGUGACUUUGAAGGUUCGGUCCGUUAGGACAGCAAGCUGGCGGAGGAAUCCGGCAUGCUCGCUCCUAUUUUUGCGUCGCUCUCUGCGUGUCUGUUCUACAAUGGCUCCAGUGGGUGAAUAGCGAUGCUGGCUCUCCACCUCCCAUGAAGCCUUGAGCCUCUCCACACGAGCACUCGUCUCUUCCUCCAGCUCGGGUGUGCGGUUGUCGAUGGCGGUGAUAUCAAUGAUGAAUUCGGCGGGGUUGACAAAGGCAGGCAAAGCAAACCCUUGUGACUCGAACCAGGGCACACAGUCGGAAAUGGCGCCAGAGUAUACGGGGCUGCCUCGGGUUAAGACGACCAAGUUAUCAAACAAGUGCCAGAUUUCUGAGCGCGGCUGAUGAAUAGUCGUGAUAAUGGUGCGUCCUUUUCUGGCGAGCGCCUUUAGCGUGCGGAUCAGUUGAAAGGCGCUGGUAGCAUCUAGGCCGGUGGUGGGCUCGUCAAGGAAUAGUACAGACGGGUUUGCGAGCAGUUGGACGCCGAUACUGACUCGUCGCUUUUCACCUCCUGAACAACCGCGAUGCUGGCUGGUGCCUAUUCUUGUAUCGGCGCAUUCCUUGAGGCCAAGCUCGCGGAUGACUUCCUCGACAAUACGGUGGCGGUCUUGUUUUGUUGUAUUGGAGGGCAAUCGGAGGUCGGCCGAGUAUCGAAGCGUCUCUCUGACGGUAAGGGUUGGAAGGAGGAUAUCUUGCUGCAUAACAUAGGCACUUCGGACAUUCUGUACUCCAGACUGACCAUUAAAUGUGAUUGUUCCUUGUCGGUGAAGUCGAGAGCUAGCGACUCUCUCCGCUAGUGUGUUAAGAAGCGUUGUCUUACCCGAGCCACUGCCGCCAAUGAUGGCCGUCAACGAGCCCGGAGCCAUGUCUGCCGCCACUGAGUGAAGCAGUGUCUUCAUCUGUGGGCUGCUUCUCAAACCACCCUUGAAUAGGGCUGGAUAUGUUGCUGGAUCGACCCAUGACGGAGAUGUAUCCACGGACACCUUCAAGUCUCGAAUUUGAACAUGUACAGUGUCGACGUCGUCGAGUGACAGAUUCUGGUCGACAGCGACAGAGGCUCUCCUUGAUUGUACUUUCGGUUCGAUAGGCUGGUCGAUUGAGCUUGCGACAGAACUCCUGCGCUCGAUUUUGUCGGAAACGGGGACAUCAAGCUUCUGAGCUUCGACGUCAGGCGAGGGAUCGGCCAUGGCGAUGAUGGUUCGGGGCACACAAAGAGACAAGUCUCAGUUCGGGAGCACAGCCCUACAGGUGGGCGUGUCGGGAUCCCUUUGAAUGCCUCGGGAAGUCGUAAAUGCAGUAAAAUCAAUGCUAAAAGGAAACGCUCACUCGCUUUUAAAAAUGAUGUUGCAGGAUCAAAAAGCUAGACAGGAAGCGAGCCUCCAAUCUUCUGGACAGUGCACUCGGAAGCAGUUCCGUCCGUGUGCUGUCAACGCUACUCGACGCCUCUCCCUAACUUGGCUUAGUGGGGACCUGACAAGUUUCCGUAGCCGCCUGUCGUUUAAAGUAGACAACAAACUAUGUUCCUUGUCAGGCCUCCUGGUUGCUCUUAUUAGAGGCGGUCUGCAAUAAUAAUAAAAUCGUAUUAAGACUGAAGGGAAAAAUGCCGCCGUGCAAACGUGGCACUGCCUUGGACUCACAUGCCAGGUGCAAUAUAUUUUUUACCAGCUGGCGCACCUGGCGGCUUGCAACCAUGAACUCCGC